ACAAUGAAUCCAGCAGCCAGGCAGGCUUCCAGACAUAUGGCAAAGGCACGAGUCUAAGCCAUCAGACUGAAAAGAUACCUUCCCAAAAUGUGUUGAUGCCUUCAAGAAAUUAAAACGAACAAAAUGAGUGAAGUGAAAACCAACUGGAAAUGUGUCGGCGUCAGGCAAAAGGGAAAACUGCAGCGCGACAAACAAUCUUUGUCCGCGGCCAGGCAGCUCAACAACAAUAUGUCUUCGUGGGCCGUCUCCAGCACAAGGCUGCACGACGCCCCGCCAAAUGGGAGCCGGAGCCGUGGCGCCAAAGGAUCCAGACUGCUCAGAUUAGCAUGGCAGACAUUCACCGUCAAAUGCCAGCAGCUAGGCGACCUUCUGCGCCGGGAGGCCAAUAAGCCGCUGCCCAAAGAGCUGCGACGAUCGCUGCGCAUGAAUAAAUCGGCCAGACGGAAGGGCUAUCAGCACUACGAGAGUGAAGCAGAUAAACAACGCAUCAAGGAUCACUUGAAUCAGCCCAUCAAUAUAUCGAUACGCAUCGGACCUGCCUAUGACUAUAGGCCAUCGAAUUAUUAGCCAACUGAGCCUUUACAUUUACAAAUAUGAAUUUAAUAUUUAGUAAAAU